GGACCCGGGAGCGCAGUUCAGCACAUGGACCCUAACGGUACACAGUUGGAAUCUGAGCUGUCGCAGCAAGACACCCCGUGCCUGAUUGUAGAGGACUCGCAGGCUGAGAGCGUGCUGUCAGAGGAUGACCCUGACCAGAGCUACCGGAAUCUGCAAGCCAGGUGCCUGUCGAACCUGCAGACCCGCACACGGAGCCCCGUGCUGGAGCUGAUUGCUGGCCCACAGGCAGCCAAGACUUCAGCAGGAGGUGACAAGGAGCCUGCUACCCAGAAGGAGAUGCACCACAAAGUUCUGGGCGCUAUGGAAACAGUGGCAUGUCAGAAGUCUGGUGAACCGUCCAUUCCUUCGAUGGGGGGUCUGUCGCGGCCAAAGGGGCAAAGCCACCCUGUCUGUGUCCGGCCAAGCCCACAGGAGGGAGAAGCUGAAGACGCUCGUGUUGCGGAUUCCACAACCAACUCGGUCCCUGCUGAAGAUUUGUCCCAAGCUGGUCUGGGACUGCUCGAAUUGCCCGGAAGCCAAGGGAGCGAUCCCGAGGAGAGUGCCAACAAGACGGGUGGGAGUGCUCAUGGAUCUGAGGAGAUCAAUGUGGACACCUGCAGUGAGGAGCAAGAGCCUGACACCAAUGCUGGCUCUGCUGGGCUAACCGUGAGUGAAAAGCCUUUAACUGGAAGCAGUCACCUGAUUGAGAGGUCGGAGAUUACCUCGAGUGUAUCCACGUGGCAGGUGGAGCUGGGAGCUGACCAAGAGGCCCGUUUCCUGAUGCCUUCUGGACUGCGGAUUGAGGGGCCUCCACCCCAACCAGGCCCGGAACGUUCCAAGACCGUCCUGGCAGAGAAGGAUGCUGUGGAGCCCAGUCUGUCGGGUCCCAGUGCAGGAACUCUUCUGAGAAAUGAAAGUGUUUUGGCUGCUCGUGUAGAUCACCUGCAGGUCCUCCAUCUUUCGGGGCAACAGACGCUGGUACAGGAGAGUCUCUCAGAAAGUUCCAACGAUGUGAUUGAUCCAUCCCAGGAGUCCUUUGGACCAACCCCCAUCAUUGUUCCCAGCAGCCCGACCAAGCAAGACGCAGAUUUGGGUAACGGUGACGGCAGGGGUGGGGGUGGUGUGGUUUUGGUGGAGGAGGAAUGGUUGAGGAGGCAGGGACUGUUGGCUUGUAUCGACCCUCUGCCUUGGAGCACCCUUUCUGCUUUAGCUGAUUGGCAGGAUCUCCGAGUUACUGACAAGGCCUUAUCUAGUUACAACAAUAACGGCUACUUGCAUUUAUGUGGCACCUUUUGA